AUGGGGGCUACAGAUGGGGACACCGAGGCCCAGCGGCCCCUCGAAACGCCCCCCGAGGUGGUCUGCACCAAGCGCAGCAACACGGGAGAGGAGGGUGAAUACUUCCUGAAGGUGCUGAUCCCUAGCUACGCUGCGGGCUCCAUCAUUGGCAAGGGCGGGCAAACCAUCGUGCAGCUACAGAAGGAGACAGGAGCCACCAUCAAGCUCUCCAAGUCCAAAGACUUCUAUCCGGGAACCACAGAGCGAGUGUGCCUGGUGCAGGGCACAGCAGAGGCCUUGAACGCCGUGCACAGCUUUAUUGCCGAGAAGGUCCGAGAAAUCCCACAGGCGAUGACCAAGCCUGAGGUGGUCAACAUCCUUCAACCCCAAACCACAAUGAACCCCGACAGAGCCAAGCAGGCCAAGCUGAUCGUCCCCAACAGCACGGCGGGCCUGAUCAUCGGCAAGGGAGGCGCCACGGUGAAAGCCGUGAUGGAACAGUCGGGGGCCUGGGUGCAGCUGUCCCAGAAGCCAGAGGGCAUCAACCUGCAGGAGCGCGUGGUGACGGUCAGCGGCGAACCCGAGCAGGUGCACAAGGCCGUGAGCGCCAUCGUGCAGAAGGUACAGGAAGACCCCCAGAGCAGCAGCUGCGGGGCAGCUGGUGGCUUCCUGACGGCAGAGAAGUUGGCAGCUGAGAGUGCCAAGGAGCUGGUGGAGAUUGCGGUGCCUGAGAACCUGGUGGGAGCCAUCCUGGGCAAGGGGGGCAAGACGUUGGUGGAGUACCAGGAGCUGACAGGCGCCCGAAUCCAGAUCUCUAAGAAGGGCGAGUUCCUGCCAGGCACGCGGAACCCCGCUCAAUACCUCAUCAGCCAGCGGGUCACCUACGAGCAGGGAGUGAGGGCCUCAAACCCCCAGAAAGUGGGAUGAGGCCUGUGGUGUGUGCUCCCACCCCUCUCCCUCUGCCUCCUCCUCCUCCUCCUCUCCUUCCUCCUCCUCCUCCUCUCCCUCCUCCUCCUCCUCCUCUUCCUCCUUCUCCUCCCCAACUCUUGACCUCAGCUCGGUGUGGUCCUGCUCCUCGUGGGAUUGGGGCUGGGGCUGGUCUGACUGCACCCCCCUCCCUUCUGGUAGUUCAUAGGCAGGAUUGAGAGAUGGCUGGGGAUGGAGCCCACAGCUCCCUCCCUGGCCCUGAACUGACCCCUCCUUCCUUCCUUCCUUCCUCCCUUCCUACGCUUGGCUGGGCCUGACUCCUCUCCCCCAGGGCCCAGGUCUGUGUGAUAUCUGUAUAUAUUGCAUUUUGUUGAUUUUAAUAGAAAACAAAGCGUUAUUUUCUCUUUCUUUCCCUCCUUUUUUUUCCGGUAAGGAUUUUGUUUUCCCCCUUGAUAUAUAUGUUUUUGUUUCCAUAUGGGAAGAGGGGAGGGAGCCUCUGGGUGACCUAGAAUGAGGGGCCUCCCCCAAACCACACCCACCUCUCCUGCUUUCAGGUCCAGCUCGAGGGAUGCAGUGGAAGGAGAGGUAGCUGAAAUGGGGCAUUUGCAGCAGGAACCCCAGUUCCUCAGCUACUCUCCCCCCAUUGCAGUCACCCCUCCGAGGUGGGGCUUUUAACUUUUUGUUGUCAGGUUUAUGGGGGUUGGGGGGUGGGCUUGUGCUGCUGGGAAUGAGGCCGGCUCUCAGACUGGGCCGGUCCAGUGGGCGAGACCCUUGUGAAAGGCUGGAGCCACUGCCUAUGGCAUCUCCUAUGGCUUUUCCUAAAGUAAUAGGAAUGGAAGUCCUUGUUGUGAUGUCACUGAGUCAAGUACUUUCUGGGGCGCUUCCAGCAUUCCUUGUGAUGUCACAGGAAGUAGUUCCCAGAGGUCACUUCCCGUGAUGCUAGGAGAGAUAGGUACUUGCUAUGAUGUCUCCCGUGAGCCUUCCUUGAAGGUUACUUUCAUGAUAUCCUGGGGACAUGGACUGCCUGUGGUGUUUCCGGGGUACUUCCUGUGAUGUCAUGGGGACGAAGCAUGCACUUCCUGUAUUGGGCCAUGGCCAGUUAGUGACUUGACCCUCUUUCUCCGCCCUCGCCCCUCUAUGGUGGGUCUUGGCCUGGGGGUCUUCCUAGGAGGAGAAUAAGGGGUGGGACUUGGAUCUGACCUGAAGGCCUCCAAGGAAAAUGACCCAGUAUUGUCAGGGUCGCCUCCAUCCAAACACACCAAGUCUGUGAGCUCACCUGGCAGGGAGGGGCGGGAGAUGGAGCUAGUGAAAAUGACUGUCAAAGACCCCCAUCCCUACCCCCCACCUUGUGUGUGCAUGCUCGUGUCUGCGUGGCUUUGUUUCAUUGAGUCUGGUGAGCCACGUGUGUGGUGGCUCUGUCAGGCUGGCGUGGCCCGCUGUCGAGGUCAGUGAGCCAGGGUAGGGGCCCUCGGCCAGGAGGCUUCGUGUGGCCUAAUGGGUUAGAUUGGCUUGUGGUUUCCAGCGAGCUGGAGCACUUUGGUGGUAUCUGAUGAGUCAGAAAGUUUUGACGCUCUCACCAUAGGCUCUGAGGAGCUAGAAUGUUCUGAUGGCGUCUGCCAAGCCAGGCAGCCCUGAGAGUUGGUGUGGGAGUGGCUCCCUGAGCUCUGCGGCUGUGGUCAGAUGGAAGGCCUUGUCGGCAGGCUGAGCUUUCAGGACCUGACAACCCUGUAGACUUAGGAUAGCUGAGACCCACUUCUAUCCCCAUCCAUCUCCCCCUUCCCCUCGGAGACCAACUCCACUUCCUCCAACCCCAAGCAGGGCCCCCAGGGCCCUGGUUCCAUCAUCAGCAUCUCUGGGGGAGGGGCACCCCAUGCCCACCCUCUCCCCCAUUUGUCCCCUCCUAGGUCUUCCAGACCCUUCUCUUCUCCACGGCUUUGGGGGAAUCGGCCUCCUCAUCUCUCUCUCCCAAAAAAAGGAGGGAAGAAAAGCCCGAGACAAUUCCCCGCCCCCCCCCUAAAGCCCAGGAGACCACUGCCCCUUGUUAGAGAGCCACCCCCAAAUCAAAAUGUGAAAAUCCCUAGAAAGCAAUAGCCUUCAAGGUACCUUGCACUGAAUUUCCCACCCUGGCUCUUCCACCUGACGGGAGGCUGUAGCUUGGGCACUAGGGUUACCUUUUCCAGGCCCUCUCCAUCUCCAGGGUGGAGGGCAGGCCCCACCUCCCCAUCCCCUACCUCCUGCCGCUGCUGCCCCGCCCACCCCCAAUCUCCAGACCGAACCCCAUGGAGAUCUGAGUGCCAAAACAAUUCUUGAUGUAACUUUGUACAUAUCUUCUGCAAGGGGGUGCUCCUGAGAUUGGAGGUGGAGGCGGCCCUGGGGGCCCUUGCUCCUCUCCGCCUGUCAAAAAGACCUUACAGUAUUUCACAGUAACUCCACCCACAUGUGGGCAUUGCAGUGUCUAACUGGAAUGUCCCCCCUACAACUCCCAUCCCCAGGCCCCCAGGAGGAGGGAGGAGCCAGGGAGAGGUAACGUAGGGUCUGGGAGUGGGGAGGUGGGGUUUGAAAGUGCUCAUUUGCAUAUCGUUUGCAUCCUCAGCUGCCCUCUGCUUGUCAGAUGUUUCCUGUACCCAUUUCUGGGGGUCCAGUAUCCUUUCACACAGACACGUCUCUGGAGGCUGGGCCUCCUGGAAAGUGUCCCUUUGGGAUAUCUGUGUGACAACCCCCUCCCUAUUCACAUUUCCCGGGGACCCCUCCUCCCCAGCCCGCCAGCCAGGGUUAUCUGGAAGGUAGCUUGCUAGCUUAGUGAGCGGGUUUACUCGCCCUGCUGGAGAGCGGACCACCACCCGCCUUUGUCCCUGUCACCCUGGGAAAUGCACUCCACCAUCUUCCGCAUCUCCUGAAAGUCCCUUCUGCAAUCUGACCUCAAUCUUUUUGUGCUGCAGUUUGUCCAGAGGGGACGCGGGCGUGGAAUCAGAAAUGGGGAUCAUCGACAAACCCAUCGCCUCUUUCCUCCCCUCUCUCCCCGUUAGCCGGUCAGGUCUCAGAGACGCUGAGUGGCUUCCUCGCACCCUGCUCCUCAGCACCCAUUUGGUGCUUAAUAAGUGUUUGCUGCAUUGAAUUGUCUCCCUAUUCCUUUCCCAUUUGCCCUCCGACUCCCAACAUUCCCCCCUCCGCCCCCUAGCAUUUCCCUCUCUCUUUCUUUACUCUGACUCCCUAUGGCUUCCUACUUCCUCUCCCUGUGGUUCCCAAUGUCAUCUGUCCCGUCUCUAUCUUUUGUCGACGUCUGAUUUCCCCUUCUCCUCUCAACUCCCGCCCAAUUUCCCCACUGAUUUAAAAAAAAAAAAAAAAGUGCCAAACUUCCUUAGAACUGAGCCGCUCUGGGGGGGAGGGAACCUCAGAUAGGGGGCAGGAAACGGGACCAUUGAUCUUGGAGGAGGCCCCUACCAGGCAUUGAAAAAGUCCGUGGACACUUAGCUAAUUUGGGUCCCCCUUCCUCACCCCUCCCACCCUGAGUUUUUCUUAGAAUCUUUGUAAGAAAAGAAAAAA